AGUUAUUCUUUAGCUAUGGUUUUAGGGUUGUAGUUUUUUUUUUUUUUUGCAAAGUGUAGAGAAACACGGUUAUCCUAACCAUACUUAUCUUAUUCUUUUGAGUUUAGAAACCAGGAAGUUUACAUUUUAAGUGGGUAGAGACUGAAAGGUAGUUAACAUGUUUAGGGUCAGCAGAUGCAAAAAAAGGCUCAGGUAAAGUCCAAUCCAGGUGGGUUAUGGUGGAGUAUUUGUUUAAAACAGCUUUGCCUCAUGAACUUCCUCACAUAACUUUUGAACUUUGAGCCGUUGGCACGUGUUGCCGUCUGACAGAGGAGAGAGAUGACCGAGCACCUGAUGAAAAUACUGAUUGUUGGUGAUGGAAAUGUUGGGAAAUCCUCCUUUGUGCAUCGCUAUGUGCACAGCCAGUUCAACAAGACCUACAAGAUGACAGUAGGAGUGGAUUUUUCUGUGAAGCUGCUGCACUGGUCGGAUAAAGAAAAAGUCAGACUACAACUGUGGGACAUCGCAGGCCAGGAGCGUUUCAUUUCCAUGACCAGGGUCUAUUAUAAAGGCGCGUUGGGCUGUGUCGUCAUGUUUGAUGUCACCAGUCCGUCCAGCUUCCAUAGCUGUCGCCAUUGGAAACAGGACUUAGACAACAAGACUAUGCUGCCUAAUGGACAAUCCAUCCCCUGCAUCCUGCUGGCCAACAAGUGUGACCUAGCUCAGAGGGUUGUGUCAGCUGACAGCAUUGACAGAUUCAGUAAGGUCAACGGCUUCAUUACAUGGAUGGAGACUUCAGUCAAAGAGAACAAGAACAUCGGAGAGGCUAUGAGGAGGUUGGUGCAGGAGAUUUUGUCAGUUGAGUCCAGUCUGGACCCGUUGGAGCCAGAACCUCAAGACAGCACUUAUUCUCAAAUGGACAACAGCAGAGGAGGAAGCUGCUGCUAAAGCACGGCUUUCACACUGCAAUUGCAGGGACAAGCAAACACAGCCAGCACCUAUUCAUUAGUUGUUUGAGGUGCCUGAGCAACUGAGCAAGGCACUUCCACCUCAAGUACUUAGUGCAGCUGUCCAGAAGAAGCACAGAAGAAGCACCAGGAGGCCAGUGGAGACGUCCUAGAUGCUGAUGUAAGGGGGUGUAUUGUUUCCAGUACACUAAUAAUUUUCCCCAGAUAACAAAUAGUAAAUGAUAAUGGCUCUCUAUCAAUCUGUUUUGAGCAUCCAGUGACUCUGCCAACAACUUUGUUUAUGCUGAGCCAACACAUUCUCAGCAGGACAUUAAAUACCAGCAUUUUGUCACACCCCUCAGCGUCUACAUGCAGACACAGAAGUUACCCCUUAGUGCCUGUUGGAGACGCAGUGGGUUGUCAUGUAACUCCAUUGUAACAAGAAGGUCAGUGUGGGGAGGUGGUUGGGGUAGAUGGAUGGGUCAAACAAACACUUUCACCCAGGAGACCAGGAUUUGUGUCCCUUGCAAAACCAAGUUAGUCAAAGUUUUGUUUCAUAAUGCUAAGAGCGUGAUUUGCAUCAUGUGCAGUAAUGGCAACAUGCGACUAACCCUAACCCUAACCCUUGCAUCAUGCAACAUAUUCAUUCUAACCAAAAUUAUGAUGUAACCCUAUCUAACCAAGUAGUUUUGUUGCCUAAACUGUGACCGUUCACAACAUUCACUACAUGUUAAAAAGGUGUCUCAUUCAGAAGCAAAAGGUACCCUUGAGCUGUAUGAGAUACUGAGAGGUGUGACAAAACAGCAUUGGUAUUUCAUGACCUGGGAUAAGAAGGUGUUGACUGAGCAGGUCUGUUUGGCUCUAAAAGGACACUAGUAUUAAAGUAACACACUCUAUCUCACUGUUUUCAGUGUAUGAUUAGAAAAUACUUGAUGAUACUCAUGGGAAAGAGCAACACCUCCAGUUUUACUGGCACAAAAGCCUAAAUCAGAGUUUCAACUUUUCUAGGCCUUCAACCCCAGUUUCAGGACUAUACUACUAUACUUUAUGUAUGUAUGAGUAUACGUCAAACCUUUUUAUUCUAACCUUUAAGAGUGUCAGAGGGGCUCCACAUGGAUAAGAUUUAUGUGUACUGAAAAUGUAUGUCUUAUAAAUCUCCCACAACUCUAUCUGCAAAUCAGCUGCCCCACAUCAGGUCCCAACUCGAAGGUUAAGGAAGUAAUGGACCUUCCUUUUGGUGUGAGUGGUAUUCUGUCAACGAUGUACAUAAUUAUUAAACAUUUUACAAACUUACUGGAAUUUUCAUACUGUAAAUUUUUAGAUAUGCAGCAGCAGGAACAGUUUAAAGAAGAAUAGUAAAACUGGAUGGGUAGCACUUGCAGCGAUCUAUGGCUGAACAGACAGAUAAAAGAGAAGAGUACACAAAGACUUUACAGACUGUUCAACUGUUAUAAUUUGGGUGAUGUAGAGAGGUAGACAGCGAGGACAAGGAGGAGAGAGGGGGAUGAAGAGAAACAGAAGGAGCAGAGGGAUGGUGUGUGUGUGUGCUUAUUUAAUGGGAGGCCUCUUGGUGUUAGAACGAGGUGUGGAGCGUGUUCAGUGACGCCGCCAAGCCACCUCCUCCAACAGGCUGAGUCAGACAGACACAUGGCAUCCCCGUGCUAACAACGAGGGGUAUGUGUGUGUGUGCAUACGGUGUAUGCCAGUAAGGCAAAUGGUGUGUAGGUGCUGCUGUGUUGGUGUGUGUUUUUUUGCACAUGGAUGUGAAUGUGCCUCGGAGACGUCAAGAACUUACACAUAUCCUGUCAACAUUCUGGUUUUGGUUUGUCAACCUCAGCCUUUGAUAGCAUAGAUUUGUGAGUAAAAUCCCGUUGUUUUUAAGUCCAACAUAGUCUUGAAUGUUUGCGGUUACAAUGAUAAUCAAAAAGAAAAAAUUAAAACUCCAUCUUCGUUAUUGUCAGAACUACACCCAUUAACUAAUACAAAGAAAUCUCUCUGUUGCAGAGAAAAGCUCCAGUUAAUUCCUAAUUCAAAGUUUUCUUUUAAUGAUAUCCUCAAUGUAUCCACCACAGAAAUAUGGUAGUUUUUUUUAAUAAUCUAAUGAUAUUAUAAGUAUAUAUCAGUUUAAAUUAUUUUAUCUUGUUUAUGAGAAGUCUUCUUUUCAGUUUGGUAUGACAGAUGGUCAUACAGCAAUAGUCUACAUACAUGGUAUUCAUUAAGUUGAAUUAAACAAUUUACAACAAGUUUGUACAGUUAGGGUUUCCUGAUUGUUACUUGGAACUUCAAAUAAAUUAGAUUUAGGAUAUGAAACAUUCAGCAUGUGGCUCAUUGUCCAUGGAGAAAACUAAUGGGACUUUUGGAAACCCAAAAUAAUUCUUCCCAAUUCACG